AUGGCGUCUCCCCAAGGGCCAGUCAUUGCCACGGACAGGGACAUGGAAGCUAACAUCCUGAAUGAUCCCUCACCGACACGCUUGUCCGGUACAGACGCUUCCGGCGCCGACACUUCCGGCGCCGAUAGCAUCGGCGAAAAGCCGGCCACUGUUCCAGGAACUGCACCUGCCGCGCCACUAGGACCUCCUCCGCCGCCCAAUGGUGGCACUCGCGCAUGGAUGCAGGUUCUCGGUGCCUUCUUCAUCAACUUCAAUACCUGGGGCAUCGUCAACUCGUACGGCGUCUUCCAGUCCUACUACUCGGCCAAUUUACUGGCCACAUCUACCGAGUCGGCCAUCUCGUGGAUCGGCAGCAUCCAAGCGUUCCUCAUGCUCGUCAUUGCGGUGUUGUGCGGCCGAGCCCUCGAUGCGGGUUACUUUUACACGGACAUCCUCAUCGGCUCGUUCCUCGAGGUCUUUGGCACCAUGAUGACCUCGAUCUGCAAGGAAUACUGGCAGGUCUUCUUGGCCCAGGGCAUUGUCGUGGGCAUCGGUGCCGGCAUGGUCUUCAUCCCCGGCGUCGCCAUUGUUGGCACCUACUUCUCGACGCGCCGCGCCACCGCCAUUGGCAUCGCGGCCACCGGCUCGUGCAUUGGCGGCAUCAUCUACCCUAUUGCGCUGCGUCGCCUCAUCAUCAACAUCGGCUUCGGCUGGGCCGUCCGCGUCAUGGGCUUUUUGAUGCUGGCCACGCUUAUCAUUGCCGUUGCCGUGAUGAAGCCGCGCCUGCCGCCACGCAAGUCGGGUCCGCUGAUCAACUAUGAAGCUCUGCGCGACCCCACGUUUGCCAUGUGGCUCGUCGUCAUUGUCUUCUCGUUCAUCGGCCUCUACGUGCCCUUUUUUUAUGUCGAGCAGUACGCCACCCACAUCGGCAUCGACGCCUCCACGGCCUCGUACAUGCUCAUCAUCAUCAACGCCGCGUCCAUCCCCGGCCGCAUUGUCCCGUCCAUGCUCGCCGACAAGUUUGGCAACAUGUCCAUUCUGAUGCCAGCCGUCUUCUUCUCGGGUGUCAUCACGGUGGCCUGGAUCGCCGUCCACGACGAAGCCGGGAUUGUCCUGGUGUCCGUCUUUCUGGGCUUGACCAACGGCUCCAUCCAAGCGGUCGUGCCUGCCACCGUGCCCUUCCUGUGCCCGGACUUGACCAAGCUGGGAACGAACCUCGGCAUGACGCUUUUCUCGGCCGGCCUGGGCAUGCUCAUCGGCAGCCCCGUGGCUGGUGCCAUUGUGGACCACCAGUCUCGCAGUGGCACGUCCACCGUGUACUGGGGCGCGUUCUUGUUUGCAGGCGUCACGACACUCGCUGGUGCGUUCCUCAUCGUCGUGGUGCGGCACAUGAAGGUGGGCUUCCGCCUGGUGAAGGCAUAA